AUGGCAAUGUCUUUCCUGAAUGCUGGUCGAAAGGUGAACAAGAUUCUCACUCUUGCCUUUCACCUUGCAGUGACUGACCUGGACAUCAAGUUUCAGUACCGUGGGAAGGAGUAUGGGCAGACCAUGACUGUGAGCAACCCCCAGGGCUGUCGGCUCUUUUAUGGGGACCUGGGUCCCAUGCCUGACCAGGAGGAGCUCUUUGGUCCUGUCAGUCUUGAGCAGGUUAAAUUCCCAGGACCAGAGCAUAUCACCAAUGAGAAGCAGAAGCUGUUCACUAGCAAGCUAUUGGACGUCAUGGACAGAGGACUGAUCCUGGAGGUCAGCGGUCAUGCCAUUUAUGCCAUCAGGCUGUGCCAGUGCAAAGUGUACUGGUCUGGACCAUGUGCCCCAUCACUUGUUGCCCCCAACCUGAUUGAGAGACAAAAGAAGGUCAAGCUCUUUUGUCUGGAAACAUUCCUGAGUGAUCUCAUUGCCCACCAGAAAGGACAGAUAGAGAAGCAGCCACCAUUUGAGAUCUACUUAUGCUUUGGGGAAGAAUGGCCAGAUGGAAAACCCCUGGAAAGGAAACUUAUCUUGGUACAGGUCAUUCCAGUGGUGGCUCGGAUGAUCUAUGAGAUGUUUUCUGGUGAUUUCACACGGUCCUUUGAUAGUGGCAGUGUUCGCCUGCAAAUCUCAACUCCAGACAUCAAAGACAACAUCGUUGCUCAGCUCAAGCAGCUGUAUCGCAUCCUCCAAACCCAGGAUAGUUGGCAGCCUAUGCAGCCUACCCCCAACAUGCAAUUGCCCCCUGCUUUGCCUGCCCAGUAGUCAUGAAUGCCAUCUUCUCCCUUUUUUUUUUUUUACAAUACUGUACAUAGUGAUAUUUUUUAUUUUUCAAAUUUAACCAGCUUUUAAAUCUCUUUCCUUUUCUGUUAGAAGUCUGUGACUCCAAAUAUGCCUAGCCUUUAAAGUUGAUUUAAUUUAUGGAAAAAUCA